UGUAUUCAGCAACUAAAGCUAGCUGGAACAGAAGCAAGCAUUACUGCUAAACAUGGCCUGUGUCUCUCAUCUCCUUUUCAGAAGCCCGCCCGCCACCUUAUCUCCUGUGUCUCUCUGAUUGUUUUGUCGUCAACCUCCGGAGCUCUGAUCUCGCGAAACUCAAACCGAAAGAUGACUGAGAUAAAACCCGAAUCACCGAAGGAGCAACGCUUGAUUAUUGCCCACCAACCCGAUAUCUCCGACCCCGACAAGCGUCUCAAACCCAAGCGCGUCGCUUCCCUUGACAUCUUCAGAGGCCUCACUGUUGCUUUGAUGAUUUUGGUUGAUGAUGCUGGAGGGGAGUGGCCUGUGAUUGGGCAUGCGCCAUGGAAUGGCUGCAACCUUGCUGAUUUUGUCAUGCCCUUCUUCUUGUUCAUUGUUGGCAUGGCCAUUGCCCUUGCCUUCAAGAGAAUUUCAAGCCUGAGACUAGCUCUUGAAAAGGUGAUUCUUAGACUCUGUUUUUUACUCUUUGUAUUUUUGUUUCAUGAAGGAGGUUUCUCACAUGCACCUGACAAGUUAACUUAUGGUGUUGAUAUGAAAAUGAUAAGGUGGUGUGGCAUUCUUCAGAGAAUAGCACUUACUUAUUUGGUAGUGGCACUCAUGGAAAUCCUUAUGAGAGAUGCAGUGGCAAAGAAUCUUUCAUUUGGCAGGUUAUCUAUAUUCAGGUUGUACUACUGGCAUUGGCUAGUGGCUGCUUGUGUACUAGUUGUUUACUUUUGUGUUCUUUAUAGUGCCUAUGUACCGGAUUGGCAAUUCACUGUUCAUGAUGAGGAUAGUUCCGAUUAUGGGAAGAUUUUCACCGUAUCAUGUGGUGUGAGGGGAAAACUUAAUCCUCCUUGCAAUGCUGUUGGAUUUGUUGACAGAGCAGUAUUGGGAAUCAAUCAUAUGUAUAAACAUCCUGCAUGGAGGAGAUCUAAGGAAUGCACUCAGAAUUCCCCGUAUUCAGGACCUUUCCGAAAUAAUGCUCCAUCAUGGUGCUAUGCACCUUUUGAACCUGAAGGAAUUUUAAGCUCCAUAUCUUCUGUUCUUUCUACAAUUAUCGGAGUGCAUUUUGGAAAUGUGCUUAUACAUUUCAAGGAGCAUUUAGCUAGACUGAAGCAUUGGAUGAUAAUGGGAACUUCUCUCCUUGUUUUAGGACUUGCUUUACAUUUUACUCAUGCCAUUCCUUUCAACAAACAAUUAUACACUUUUAGCUAUGUUUGUGUAACUUCUGGAGCGGCAGCACUGGUUUUUUCUGCCAUCUACAUACUGGUUGAUAUUUUGGAUUUCAAGUAUAUGUUUCUGCCAUUUGAGUGGAUUGGCAUGAACGCUAUGCUUGUUUACGUUAUGGCAGCAGAAGGAAUUUUUGCUGGCUUCAUUAACGGAUGGUUUUACGAUGAUCCACACAAUACACUGAUACACUGGAUUCAGAAGCACGUAUUCGUUGGAGUCUGGCACUCGCAAAGAGUAGGCAUUCUGCUUUAUGUCAUCUUCGCGGAGAUCUUCUUCUGGGGCAUCGUUGCAGGCAUUUUCCACAGGAUGAAUAUCUAUUGGAAGCUUUAGACUACGAUUGUAAAAUUUAUUUUUAAAAUUUACACUUACAGUAAUUAUAGAAAUCGUGUAAUUUCUUUUUAAAAUAAUAAAAAUUAAUGUCACGAGGAAAUUUCAUGUAAAUUUAGAGAACUAUUUUUUUA